CGUUCUUCCUACGUCUGGUUCAAGAAUGGACAGAAAAUGGAAAGGGUGGAGACAUCUUCUUAUAAAGAUCAGUUUUAUCCUGGAGACAUCAUCUCCUGUGCUGUAAAAGGACAUGAGGAUUUCUGCUCUCCUUCAGUGUAUGCUCCAAAGCUUCCCUCUGUGUCAGUGAGUCCCUCUGCUGAGAUAGUGGAGGGCAGUUCAGUGACUCUGACCUGCAGCACUGAUGCUAACCCAGCAGCUAAAUACACCUGGUACAAGGAGAACCAAACUCUGCUCAGUGAAGAACCACAGCUUGUCUUCAGCUCCAUCCAGUCCUCUGACUCUGGAGAGUAUUACUGUGCAGCUGAGAACCAGCUGGGGAGGAGGACAUCUGAAUACAUCAUUAAUGUGAAAUAUGCUCCAAAGCUUCCCUCUGUGUCAGUGAGUCCCUCUGCAGAGAUAGUGGAGGGCAGUUCAGUGACUCUGACCUGCAGCAGUGAUGCUAACCCUGCAGCUAAAUACACCUGGUACAAGGAGAACCAAACACUGAUUCAGGGACCAGAAGACAUUUAUCAUUUCACCUCUAUCAGCUUAGAGGACAGCGGUAUAUACUACUGCAAGUCUGAGAAUGAGUAUGGCCAGAUCAACUCCACAUCUGUAUCCAUAGAUGUCCAGUAUGCUCCAAAGCUUCCCUCUGUGUCAGUGAGUCCCUCUGCUGAGAUAGUGGAGGGCAGUUCAGUGACUCUGACCUGCAGCAGUGAUGCUAACCCAGCAGCUAAAUACACCUGGUACAAGGAGAACCAAACACUGAUUCAGGGACCAGAGGACAUUUAUCAUUUCACCUCUAUCAGCUCUAAGGACAGCGGGAUCUACCACUGCAAGGCUGAGAAUGAGUAUGGCCGGAUCAACUCCACAUCUGUAUCCAUAGAUGUUCAGUAUGCUCCAAAGCUUCCCUCUGUGUCAGUGAGUCCCUCUGCUGAGAUAGUGGAGGGCAGUUCAGUGACUCUGACCUGCAGCAGUGAUGCUAACCCAGCAGCUAAAUACACCUGGUACAAGGAGAACCAAACACCACUGCAAGAACUACAAGGCAUUUAUCAUUUCAACUCCAUCAGCUCUGAGGACAGAGGCAUUUACCACUGCAAGUCUGAGAAUCAGUAUGGACAGAUCAACUCUACAUCUCUAUUUGUAGAUGUCCACUAUGCUCCAAAGCUUCCCUCUGUGUCAGUGAGUCCCUCUGCUGAGAUAGUGGAGGGCAGUUCAGUGACUCUGACCUGCAGCAGUGAUGCUAACCCAGCAGCUAAAUACACCUGGUACAAGGAGAACCAAACACUGAUUCAGGGACCAGAGGACAUUUAUCAUUUCACCUCUAUCAGCUCUAAGGACAGCGGGAUCUACCACUGCAAGUCUGAGAAUGAGUUGGGCCAGAUCAACUCCACAUCUGUAUCCAUAGAUGUCCAGU